CAGCUUUGGAGCUCGACAACCCACCUGGAUCCCAUCGACCAAAACGGCCAUAUAUCCCAUACCGCCUAUAUCGCGCCUGGCCGCCCAAAAAACUACAGCAAAUAUGUCCAAGGGCACCAAGUACCUGCUGGUGUCGCUGCCGACUUCGAUAUCGCCGUCAAACCACGCCGAUGAAGCUCUUACAGCCCUGCGCAGCACCAUAACGAAUGACGUGGGGAGCACUUCCCCGUUCGCGAUACCCAACUUCAAAAUUGGAACGCUGGAUGCGCUGGUGCAGCAGGCAGAUGACCUGACCAAGCUGAACAAUGCGUGUGAGAGUGUCGUGAGCAAAGUGGGGGACAGCUUGAGGCAGAUAUUGGACGGUGAUGAAGGCAAGGUGCAGCAGCAGAAGACUAUAAACGACAAGCCCGUCGACCAAUACCUACGGACAUUCCAGUGGAACAAGGUCAAAUAUCGGGCGGAUAAACCCAUCGCAGACCUGAUAGACUCACUACAGAAGGAAAUACAGGGUAUCGACAACGACGUCAAGUCAAAGUUCAGCCAGUAUAACCAGACCAAAGGCGCUCUCGCAGCCGCAGAGCGCAAACGCACAGGAAACCUCGCCACCAAAUCCCUUGUCAACGUCGUAAACCCCUCCGCCCUCAUCCGCGACUCAGAAUACCUUGACACCCACCUCAUCGCCGUCCCUAACAUGGUUGUUAAAGACUUCUACAAAUCCUACGAAGAGCUAUGCCCCAUGGUUGUGCCCCGCUCCGCGAACGAGCUUGCUAAGGAUGAUGAGUUUACGCUGCUUGGCGUGACAACAUUUAAGAAGCACUCGAACGAGUUUGUGCACAAAUGUAGAGAGAAGAGGUGGACACCGAGAGAGUACAAGUACAAGGAGGGCGGGAAAGAGGAGGAGGCAAAGGAGGCGGAUCAGUUGGCUAAGGAUGAGAAGAAGCUAUGGGGUGAGGCGCUAAGAUUGGGCCGCACGGGUUACAGCGAGAGUGCCAUGAUAUGGAUCCACGUCCUGGCGCUGAGGGUGUUCGUGGAGACCGUGCUGCGCUAUGGACUGCCGCUGGACUUUGUGUGCGGAAUAGUGCAGACCGACGCAAAAGCAGCAAAGAAGGCAAAGACAAAUCUCGACUCCGCAUACUCCUACCUCGCCGGUAACGCCUUUGGCCGAGACAGCAAGGGUCGCAUCAAGAAAGACGACACCGCCAUGUCAAACGAUCUGCAACAAGCCGGUCACUUGGGCGACCAAGAGUACUCUGCGUACGUUUACUACGAGUUUGAAAUCGUAUAGCGGAUACGUAUGAGCGGAUAGAGGAAGGUGUCACGGUCCAGGAAGGAACAACAUACGGGCCGCCUUUGUAGAAUAGCCGCCGCAAGGUCAAUGAUAUGCACGAGUGAGAUCACACAUAUACAUAC